CUGCGGCCGUUGGGCGGCGCGCGUGCCUGAGGCGGGAUGGCGGAGGAGUCUGCGGAGGACUGGCUGGUGGAGUCCUUGCGGCUAUAUAAUGAUUUGCAUGUGUUUGAGCUUCAAGAGCCGACAAGAGUCAUUGAAUGGAUAGGAGAAAAAAGUGUCUGUGUAGCAGGAUAUGAAAACUCCAGAAGAAAUGAAAUUCUCCAGCUCCUGUUGCCUCAAAAACUGCGUGUGAAAGAGAAGCAGGGUUUGUGUCCCGAGAGAGAUUUCAAGGUGGAGCGUGGUGGAUUUUCCGACUGCCCUGUGUACAGCCUGCGGCAUGUGCCAGACACCAGCUUGCUGGUAACAAGUGGCCCGCCAGAUAGUUCCCUGCAGGUGUGGCAGUUGGCAGCGGAGGACACUGAUGUUAUUAAAUCUGUAAGUACCAUCCCUACGGGAAAUGACAGCAAGAAACCCUGGGCUAAAAUUGCAACCACUUUGGCCAGAACCCCCUCUGUCCUUCAUGGCUCAAGAGUCAACAAUGUCCAAAUUACAGAGAUUGAAUCAAAGAAAAACAUCUACACAGCAGCCUCUAGUAUCAGCGAUGAGGUCAGCGGCCUGGAAUUCCUGGACUGUAAUACUUGGCUGGCCUGCUGCGUGAAGGGGCAGUUGUGCCUGGCAGAUGUUCGACAGCCGCAGAGUCCCCUGGGUAAUACAUCCAUUCCUUCGGCGCUCAGUGGGGAGCAGUGGUGCAUGGGUGUCAGUUCUGGUCUGCAGGGCUCUGAUGUGAAUGCACCCACCAUAGUCCGCCUCUCGUCUGGAGGACAGCUCACACUAACGGACUUGAGAAAUAUCCCAAAGCCUCUGAAAUCAGCCAGGUGCAAAGUUUCUGCAGCCAGCCAAAGUGCAGAGUUGCUGUGCGUCUCGUGGGCUCCUGUUCUGGACGGAUGCCUCGCCGUUUCAGGCUUCAAUGGGACCGUUCAUAUCUAUGACACACGGAGCUGGCCUGUGUCUGGUGGAGAGGCAGAGUCAGUGUUUAGUCACAAAGGACAUAUCUUCAGUGGCAUGGACAACGGCAGUGACUUUCCUCUGGUUACGACACAUGCUUGGCAUCCGUGGAAACCAAGAAUGCUGUUAUCAGCAGCAAGUGAUGGCUCCCUGCAUGUCUGGGACUGGGCAGAGUCUCACAAGGACAGUUGAUCUAUCUUCCUGUUAUGAAAACUCAGACUGAUUUUUUUUUUUCUGAAAUCUGCUGCCCUUGCACGUGUAACCCUGUGUAUAAGGGAAAUUCUAGACUGAAGAUCAUUGUUCAGAAUAAGUUUUACACUCUGGAUUAUUUAAAACACUAUGAAUUUUAAACAUCUAUUUCAUUUGU